UUCCUUCCGCUCCAAUCUCGACAGCGGACACACCGUCCCGGAGCGUUACGGUUAACGUCCGAGUGCCACUCACCGGAGGACGGACACGGCAGUCAUGAACCACCAACGGACUCUCCGAGUCGAUUACGACCAGACUGCCAGCGUGAUGUGCGUGGUGGACUCGGAUCUGAACGUAAACCUGAACAGGAGCGCCCCGCCCACCUCCAUGUUCUUCUCUGUGAAGUGCACCUCCAGUGUUCAGUACGACAUAAGCCCCGCCCCUCUGCUGCCGUCCCACCUCGUUCCCAUGCGUCUCGAGGAAAGAUCCGUACUGAUCAUCCGCAUGAGCCAAGCCAGUCAACAUGAAAACGAUGGCAAGCUGUCUGUCUGGUACUAUGGGGGGAGCCAGGAGGUCUUGGGGAAAGCGAUCCUGCACCUGACAGCUAUUGAGAUCUCUCUGGACGUGGAUGCAGACAGAGACGGCGUUGUGGAGAAAAACAACGCCAAUAAGGCAUCCUGGACAUGGGGUCCCAAAGGGCACGGAGCCAUCCUAUUGGUCAACUGUGACACAGAGCGGAGGUACAGGAAGAAACUGGACAGCGAGUGUGAACAGAUCACCGAGCGUUCAGAUCUGAAGGACAUGUCGGUGAUGGUGCUGCGGACCCGAGGCCCCGCCAAGCUGCCGGACGGCUACAAGCUUGCCAUGCACAUCUCUCAGGCGGACGCCGAGCGCGUCCGAGUCUUCAAGACCCGCAGCGCUCUGAACACGGGCAAUAUGCUGACAGAAGAUGUCUUCUGCAAGUACUUUGAGAGGGAGUUCCCGCUGGUGCUCAACAGCGAGGUCCUGACACAGGAAGUGCCGUACCUCGGGAACACCGCGGAGAUGAACUUCUACGUGGAGGGCCUCCGGUUUCCCGACAAAGACUUCAACGGGCUCAUCCGCAUCCACCUCAGUCUGCUGGAGCCCAUCGCCACCGGUCUCCCUGAGACGCCGAUUUUCACCGACACGGUGGUGUUCAGGGUGGCCCCGUGGAUCAUGACACCCAACACCCUCCAGCCUUCAGAGGUGUACGUCUGCAGCACGUCCGAUAACUUCCGCUUCCUGAAGAGCAUGAAGGAACUCGUUGCAAGCAGCGGGUACAAGCUCAAUGUUUGCCACGCGUAUAUGAACCGAGGAGAUCGUUGGAUGCAGGACGAGCUGGAGUUCGGCUACAUUGACUCUCCUCAUCAUUGCUUCCCUGUUGUUCUGGACUCCCCUCGAGAUGGAGAUCUCAUGGAUUUUCCAUACAAUGAGCUACUGGGGCCGGACUUCGGCUACGUGACGAGGUUCGCCGAGAGGAAAGACGUGAGCAGCCUGGACUCAUUCGGCAACCUGGAGGUCAGCCCCCCCGUCACCGUGAAUGGAAGACACUUCCCUCUGGGCCGGAUCAUCAUCGGCGUGGCCUUCCCCACGGCGAUCAAAGGACGGAACAUGACCAAAGUGGUCCAGGACUUCCUGUGGGCUCAGAAGGUUCAGGAGCCCAUCGCCUUGUUCUCCGACUGGCUCUUUGUGGGCCACGUGGACGAAUUCCUGAGUUUUGUUCCCGCGCCCGACCGCAAGGGCUUCCGGCUGCUGCUGGCCAGCCCCGACGCAGGCUACAAACUCUUCAGAGGGUUGCUCAACGAUGGACACGGACAAGCCAAGCUGUUUGAGGGUCUGAAAGACGAGGAGCAGGUAUCAGUGGAGGAGAUACUUAACGACGAAGGUCUCCGAGCUGAAAAUAACUACGUGCAGAGCUGCAUCGACUGGAACAGAGAUGUGCUGAAGCGAGAGCUGGGCCUGGACGAGGAGGACAUCAUCGACCUGCCCAUCCUCUUCAAGUUGGUGCUGGAUAACAACGAAGAGUUCAAAGCGUUGGCGUACUACCCGGACAUGGUGAACAUGAUCGUCUUGGGGAGGAACCUGGGCAUCCCGAAGCCCUUCGGGCCCCGGGUGAACGGCCGCUGCGCCCUGGAGGCCGAGACGUGCUCCCUGCUGGAGGCCCUGGACCUCAGAUGCACGUUCAUCAACGACUUCGCCUCCUACCACAAGCUGCUGGGCGAGGUGCACUGCGGCUCCAACGUCCGCAGGGAGCCGUUCGACUUCAAGUGGUGGAACCUGGAGAUGUGAUCGGGGGGGGGGGAAAGAGGUUGUAGACGGGUUCGAGAGGCUUUCAAAAAUACUAAACCGCCUAAGACGUCAAACGGCAUCGGUACUUUACUUCAGGAGGGAAGAGAUCUUUUUUCUGGGGUUUCGUGGUUAUGUGCCUUGUGUUCAUUUCCUCUUGCUGAACACUUUGGAAGGUAGCCAUCAAUGUAGGAAGGAUUAGCCCAGACGUUUGAUCCAUGAUGCAGCUUCAUCUUUAUUCAACUUGGUUUUUUUGUUGGCUUUAUUUACGAAAAAACAAAAGGGAUUCAAAGCAGUAUUUACACGUUUCUGAACAAGGGCUUAAGCAGACCGUCGACAUGAACAGAAAUACAAUCGUUUUGAAAUGGAGCACACUGAAGAUUCACUCCCCGGCCCGUUGGCGCACAGUUAGUGAUGUGCUGCAACAACACAGAGCCACAAGAGGGAGCACUUCAACUACUCAAGCAUUUCCAAAGAAAAACAGUCUUUUUUUUCUUUUUUUAAAUCAAUUUGAAAGGCUGCAAAACACACAUGUGGAAUUAUGACCAAAAAGAAGUGUAUCUUUGUUUGUUCGGAUGCAAAAUGUUGUGAUUUGUUGUUUUUAACCGCUCCAUGAAAACAGCAUGCAGGUCCAGUGUCUUAAACCUUUUGUACUUUUCACACACUGUCAACGUCGUCUUUUAAAUCAGUGUAGACAAUAAAUAUCAAGUCUUACGACUUGAGUGAAAUAAACCACACGUAUCCGUCUGGUUCCUUCAUCUCAAACUGAAGAUUCUGGAGAGUGAACACAGGACCACUAUUCAUAUUGACGGACGUGCGUGAAUAAAUAAAUAAAUACA